AUGGAGGCCAACGGCAGCAGCAGCGGCGGCAGCAGCGACUCGGCGCCCGACUGCUGGGACCAGGCCGACCUCGAGCCCGGCCCGGCGGCGGCGGCCUCGGCCUCGCCCGCCGACGGGGAGGCGCCGGGCCCGGCGGCCGCCGACGGGGAGGAGGCGGGGGCGGCGGAGGAGCUGGGCGCGGCCUUCAGCCGGCACCUCAGCCUCCACGCCAGGCCCUUCGUGCCCAACGUCCACGCCGCCGAGUUCGUGCCGGCCUUCAUGAGGGGCCCCGCCGACCCCACCGGCCGGCCCGCCACGCCGCCCCAGCCCCCGGCCCCCGGUGAGGCGGGGGGGGAACGUCGGGACGCGCGCACCCGUGUCUGGGGGACACGUGUCUGGGGUUGGAAGAAUCGUGGGGGAGAAGCAUAUGGAGGAGGGUGGGGGGGGCUGCUGGUAACGUCGGGACGCGCGCACCCGUGUCUGGGGGACACGUGUCUGGGGUUUGAGGAAUCGUGGGGGAGAAGCAUAUAA